AUGGCCACGCGACUCAGCCCCCGAAAUUCGGAGGUGAACGCUCUUGAGCAGCGGGGCUAUCUUAUUGGCAAAAAAAUCGGACAGGUGCACAGUAUAUUGCAGCGCGGUCCAAGAGUGUUCAUAUUCAUGCGCUACGCCGACAAUGGUGACCUCCUGGACUUUGUUACGAGGAACGGUGUUGUGCCGGAGCAACAAUCCAAGCUUUGGUUCAGGCAGAUGGCUUCCGGCCUGCAUUACCUCCACGGGAAGAACAUUGCCCAUCGCGACCUCAAAUGUGAGAACAUACUCCUGUCCAGGAAGUUCAACGUGAAACUGGCAGACUUCGGUUUCGCGAGAUUCUGCGUCGACCACGACGGUAGGCGCGUUCUCAGCGAGACUUAUUGCGGCUCCGCGGCCUACGCUGCGCCGGAAGUCGUUUCCGGCACCCCUUACAAUCCAAAGCUGGCGGACGUCUGGUCCUUGGGGAUAAUCCUGUUCAUCAUGCUGAACGCCUCCAUGCCUUUCGACGAUGCCAACUUGAAGAAACUGCUGAAGGAUCAGAUAUCGAGGAACUGGAUGUUUCGAUCGAGAGUACGGGAAACGGUGUCUGUAUUAGCGAAGAGUAUAGUUAAGCAUAUUCUAGAACCGGACAUUACGCUCAGGCUAACGCUGGAAAGAGUUCUGGGCCACGAGUGGGUGCGUACGAAAAAGGAGAAGCCCAGUUCUCUUACCGGUCGAUUAGUGCACUCGGCACCGCCUAUUCACGCACAGACUUGCGGAGGUGGAGGAAAUUUGGUCGGAGCAGGAGCUGCAGGAGGUUGCAACGUACCUGUGGUACUGAGAGGACUACCGUCGUUCAAGAAUUCGGAGAAUCAAAGUCAGGGUAACGCGGUCAAGUGUACGGACAAACCGGGGAAAGAUACACAGUUGUCCGUGGUUGAGUGA